AUGCUAUUCAGACUUCUCGUCCUCAGAUCGACUUGGUGGCCACUCUCACAGGCAGCAACAGUCAAGGGCUUUCUUCUCAUUUUUCGGAGUCAACUUCACGCCAGUCGGAUCACCCAGGCAUUCUUCGAGGCUCCUCUCCGCCUAAACUACAUGCCCUGCUUCAAGGUUACACUGCAUGCUAAAGGUACAGUGCAAAAUCCGACGGCUGUUUCCGGUUUAGCCGCAUCGUCUGUCAGACCCGCCCUAGGUGAGCGUGGGUCUGAAUUUUAGACCUGGGUGCAGCUUAUCGUUGA